AAGCAAUGUCAAGUUCAGUUUAUUAUUCUAUUUGAAUCAAUGAGUGCAUAGUAUGAACUAAACUGAAAUAUAUAUAUUAUAUUUUUUUCAAAAUUUAUGUAAUGGCUGAUAAAGGCGGCUACAAUCCUUACGAGCAUCGCGAUGUGGAAAAUCCCUUGUCAAAUUUUGGAGCUUUCAUAUCAUUACUCAAAUGCGUUGUGGGUACUGGAAUUUUGGCUCUGCCCUUGGCUUUCUACUAUGCAGGAAUCAUUUGUGGCACCAUCCUCCUGAUUGCCGUGGCUUUCAUACUCAUCCAUGGCAUGCAAUUAUUGAUUAUGUGCAUGAUUGAAUGUGCUAGGCGCCAACAAAUGGGAUACUGCACUUUUCCGCUGUCUAUGAAGUUUUCCCUUAGCGAGGGACCCAGGUUCUUCCAGUGUAUAGCCAAGGCGGGUGCUAUAAUAUGCUACAUUGUCCUCAUAACCUCACACUAUGGUGUGUGUGUUGUGUACCUGGUUUUUGUCAGCGAGAACCUGAAGCAAAUGUUCGACUUUCACGUCACAGAACUAAAUGUGAGAAUUUAUGUGGCAAUUGUCGGACUUUUUAUGAUGGCGCCAUUUAUGAUCCGUUCCCUCAAGUGGCUCGUUCCCUUCAGCCUACUGGCCAGCAUUUGCAUUUACCUUGGAUUCACCUGUAUUAUAUACUACCUAUUCAAGGAUCUGCCUCCGAUCUCUGAUAGAGCUGUUUUCUUUGGUCAAGUUUCCUAUCUACCAAAUUUUUUUGGCAUAGCACUGUUUUCAAUCACGUCUGUGGGUGUGAUGUUGGCCAUUGAGGCCAAAAUGGAACACCCAGAACAGUACAUCGGAUGGUUUGGAAUCCUAGACAUUGCCGUAGUGGUUGUCAUCAUAUCGUAUGUAUUCUUUGGGGUAAUGGGCUACUGGAAGUUUGGAAACGAAAUUCAAGGAAGUAUAACCCUUAACCUGCCUAUUGAGGAAACAGUUGCCCAAAUUUCCAAGACCUUCAUUAUGAUUGCCAUCUUCUUCACCUAUCCCCUGAGCGGAUACGUGGUAAUCGACAUAAUUAUGAACCAGUUUUGGAACAGAAACGGCGACCUUCAACACGCCGUUCUCAAGGAGUACAUCGUGCGGAUCAUUUUCGUUCUAAUAAGCACCAUAAAUGCUGCAGCCUUUCCUAAGCUCGGACCCCUGCUCACGCUUGUGGGGGCCUUCACCAUCUCCUUGCUGAACAUCAUUUUCCCGGCUUUUAUGGAGAUUUGUCUGCUCUUUCCGGCGGAGUAUAAUUACGGCAUGCUUAAGUGGAAGUUAGUCAAGGACAUUCUGCUGAUAAUAUUUGGAACUUUUGUUCUAGUUCUCGGAAGCCACUCGUCCAUCAAAGAAAUGAUCAAUGAGUGGGGAGAAAAGACAACAGCCGAGCCCACAACCACGGAGGUGACUACUGAAUUGGGGACCACCGUGGUUGCCCCUCCAGCCCAAGCGCCUCCAGCCUUUCUACGGUUCUUUGAAGAUGAUACUCUGGUAUGAGAGAUCAUCCAGACAUACCUUUCCCUUUCAUUGGGAAGGAAGUGUAUACCCUUCAACGGGGAAGCUUUGCUAUAUAAUGCGAGCUGUGUUUUUAACAAAAUUUAUACAAUUUUCUAGUAAUAUUGUAUAUUUUAAUAAUUUUACCAA